UUUGUUUGUUUCUCGAGAGCCGUCGUGGAAAUAAGCAAGAUGUUUUUAAGAAAACUGUCGACGUAUCUAUAUAUAAUAUUCAUGUUUGGCUACAUGCUAACGUUAAAUGCUACGUUGAGAGUCCUGCUAUGUGUUUGGCCGAGCCUCGCCAAGAAACUAAUACUCAAAAUGGGCGAGAAAAUAACGAUGACCCAAAACCCCAAGUUUGAGUACGAAGAUUGGGGUCCGACGAUGGCGUCACUGAACUUCGUGAAAACCGUGGCUUCGCACCUGUGGCUUUCUCUGGGUCAGGAAGCGUUCGUAGGAGGAGAAGCUCCGGACUCACAUGUGGUCACCAUGGACGGAGAGAAAACCAGUAUCCACAAGUACCUGAGAGGCAGCAGACCGCUGGUGCUGAGUUUUGGGAGUUGCACCUGACCCCCGUUCAUGUUCAAACUUGAGGAGUUCAAAGAGCUCGUCAAGGACUUGGGGGAUGUGGCGGACUUUCUGGUGAUCUACAUCGCUGAGGCGCAUUCAACAGAUGGAUGGGCCUUUAACAAGAACUUUGACAUCAAACAGCACCAGAGCCUGGAGGACCGUCGGUCUGCAGCACAGCUCCUGAUCCAGAAGAACCCCCUGUGUCCGGUAGUGGUGGAUGAAAUGAGUGACAUCACUGCCGCACAGUACGGCGCUCUGCCGGAGAGGCUUUACGUGCUGCAGGCUGGGAAAGUUGUCUUUAAGGGGGGGAUUGGGCCUUUUGACUACAAUCUGUUGGAGGUACGAUCAUUCCUGGAGAAGAUGAAAUAGGAAAGAAAUGUCUUCAUGUACAGCUACAUGUGCAUCACCUUUUUGUGUGUGUGAGUGAGAGAGCUUCUUUAGGAUUAUAAUGUAUUUGUUCUAUGACUCUUACCAUUUACAGUGCACCUAGAAAGAAAGUAUUCACAGCUCUUUGCUUUUUCCACAUUUUGUUUUUUUUUUACAGCCUUAUUCCAAAAUGGAGUAAUUUUUCCCCCUCAAAAUUCUAAUCACAACACCCCAUAAUGACAGCAUAAAAAAUGUGCGCCUUUCCAAUCAACUGAAUUUACCCCAGGUAGACUCCAGUUAAGCUGUAGAAACAUCUCAAGGAUUAUCAGUGGGAAUAAGAUGCACCUGAUCUCAAUUUUGAGCAUCAUGGCAAAGGCUGUGAAUACUUAUAUACAUGUGAUUUCUUAAUGUUUUGGUUUUUUUUCUUUUUUUUUCACAUGUCAUUAUGGGGUAUUGUGUGUAGACUCUUGAGUGGAAAAAAUGAAUUUCAUCCAUUUUGGAAUAAAGCUGUAACAUAACAAAAUGUGGGGGGAAAAAAGGGAAGCGCUGUGAAUACUUUCUGGACACAUCAUACCUAAAGUACAAUGGCAUGGUGUAACGGAUGCCAGCAGGUGUUGCUGUGGAGAUGUAGUUAGUAAACCUCACUCCCAGCAGCUCAAAAGGAUUCCCUGGUCAUAAGGCCAGAGCCCUGGGUUUUAGCCUUCUGGUUAGAGAGCCCAACUUCUAUGCCAAGGAUCGUGAGUUUGCAUCCUGAGGGGAACGAAUGGGCAGAGUCAUAACACAACUCAGAGUGCAGCCGCUACAAUGGCAAGCCAUUAACUGGGCUGUGGCGGCUAAAUAACUAGCAUGGCCUCGAGCCAGAUUGACAAAAACAAAUUAUGUAGUAGACAUAGCUAUGUACUGUUUGCUGUUGUCUGCGAGAUUAUUGUGACCUACAGUGGUUCUCUAUACCUCUAGCAUGCCCUGCUGGCACACUCAUGCAGCUGCUAGCAAUAAUAAUUUAACAGUGUGAAGGAAAUAUAUUUGUACUGUCCAAAAUUGUCUCCUUUACAACUAUCUGUUUUUGGAACAAUUUAUACUUUGGUGGGCCAGCUUUAAUAAAAUUUGUUCAUGCGGCCUGUCUAGUUAGUGAAAUCAGUCUGACAUCUGUUUAAACUGUGCUUUCUGGCUCCAAGUACUUAUGUUAAUAUGUGCUCAAAAAGGCAACAACUCUGUCUAAUUUUACAACGGGCAAUUGGUCAGUUGAUUAACUGACUCCAGCUUACACGACUCUAAUAAAACUAGAUGACCUGAACUUUAUCAACUUUAGCUUGCAAACUGGCUCAGUGCAGUUUGUGUGUGUGGGGGGACUUUUUUUUUUGGAGAUUUUGGCUUCUUCUUUCCUUUAAAUACUUUUUGAUCACUGCUACACUUAUCACCAAUAUAUCAAUUUUUUGGAACAGGAAGUACUCUGAGAUGUUGCGUGACGCUGACAUCAUGUCUAAACUGGUUGGGAUAGUUUUUAACCAGUUGCUACAAAAUACCUUAUCCCAUGUUAAUUUGCAACAGAGGAAAUGAAUAAUUACGUAUAACUCUGUGUGACACAUGACAGAGAUGCAGGUAGGCGGGCACAUCAUUCUUACUUAUGCAGGGGUGAUGGCAGCUCUGUGGAAUGAGUACCAACAGUCCUGUGAAUAAAACGGUCACUUUGAGAACUGUCCAUAUUUGCACCAACAUGGCUUUAAGUGUGUCCUGUAAUCUGAAAACACCUCUCAGCCUCUGAGUUUAGACAGGGCUCUGAUUUUCUUAAUGACAGUUACAGAUUAAACCAUUGGCUUCUGUAGCUUGAUAAACUGAAAUGUGGAGACCUGUCGGAUCAGUUUGUUUGAGGUGUCACAAUGAACAGGAAAUGUAGUCUUGAUGUUUCUGUGCUGUUAAUUUAAAGUAUUAAAAA